AUUAGUGAUGAUGAACCAGGUUAUGACCUAGAUUUAUUUUGUAUACCUCAUCAUUACGCUGAGGAUCUGGAAAAGGUGUUUAUUCCUCAUGGACUAAUUAUGGACAGGACCGAGCGUCUUGCCCGAGACGUGAUGAGGGAGAUGGGUGGCCAUCACAUCGUAGCCCUCUGUGUGCUCAAGGGGGGCUAUAAAUUCUUUGCUGACCUGCUGGAUUACAUCAAAGCACUGAACAGAAAUAGUGAUGGAUCCAUUCCUAUGACUGUAGAUUUCAUCAGACUGAAGAGCUACUGUAAUGACCAGUCAACAGGGGACAUAAAAGUAAUUGGUGGAGAUGAUCUCUCAACGUUAACUGGAAAGAAUGUUUUGAUUGUUGAGGAUAUAAUUGACACUGGCAAAACAAUGCAGACCUUGCUCUCCAUGAUCAAGCAGCAUAAUCCAAAGAUGGUCAAGGUUGCAAGCUUGCUGGUGAAGAGGACCCCUCGAAGUGUUGGCUAUAAACCGGACUUUGUCGGAUUUGAAAUUCCAGACAAGUUUGUUGUAGGAUAUGCCCUUGACUACAAUGAACACUUCAGGGACUUGAAUCAUGUUUGUGUCAUUAGUGAAACUGGAAAAGCAAAAUAUAAAGCCUAAGACGCGAGUUCCAGCUGAGUUUGGGCGUGGCGGCCAUCCCCUCGGAACCACCGGGCCCGCGUCCUAGUCCUGGGCCAGCUGCUUGUAGAGCUUAUUGCAUGUAUCUCCUAAGGAUUUUAUCUGUUUUGUAUUUUAGAAAUGUCAGUUGCUGCAUUCCUGAAGGCUUUAUUUGCCCUAUGAGCCUAUAGACUAUCAGUUCCCUUCGGGUGGAUUGUUGUUUGACUUGUGAGUGGAAACAUCUCGUAAACCACACCACUGUUGAAUGAAGAUAAUGAAACUGUAUCUGUAAGAAACAUUUAAAGAUAAGAUAUAUUAGUUUUUUAAUUGGUAUUUUAAUUUUUAUAUAUUCAGGAAAGAACAGAAGUGAUUGAAUAUUGGUAAUUAUACUCCUGUGUAUUUAGAAGAGGAAGAAGCAGUCAGUUUUCAUAUCAAUGACAGCAUCUACGAUAUUGUUUUGUUAGAUAAGCCAUACGUCCUGGAAUUAUUUUACCGUUUCAGUAGUAUUAACUGUAGUUUCUCACUUGUUCAGAUGAUUUCUGGUGAAUCUUUGUCAACAGUUCCUUUUAAAUACAGUUCAAUAGAUUCUGGAAAACUUUGCCACAUUUUGAAUUCUUCCGUGUAAAAAUCCUCACAAUAAAGGCUGUCUCUUUAAAAGAAA